GCCACACACCGCUCCAGGAAACCAGAGGGCACAGUUCAGCUUCUUCUGUUGUAAAAUCGUCUCUCUCAUGGAAUCAGAAAUGGCAGAAGCAAAUAUUCUAGUUGGAGAGGACCACUUUAGCUGUCCAGUGUGCCUGGAUAUAUUGAAGAACCCAGUCGCUAUUCCAUGUGGACACAGUUACUGUAUGGGGUGUAUUAAGAACUGCUGGGAUCAGACUGAUCAUAUAGGAAUCUACAGCUGCCCUGAGUGCAGAGAGACCUUUACGCCAAGGCCAGUUCUGCGCAGAAACACCAUGCUGGCUGAAGUUGUGGAGAAAUUAAAGAAGACAGGACUCAAGCCUCCUCCUGCUCAGAAUUAUGCUAGACUUGGAGAUGUACAGUGUGAUUUCUGCACUGGGAGAAAGUUCAAAGCUGUAAAAUCCUGUUUGACGUGCCUGGCUUCUUACUGUGAAACACAUGUCAAGCCACACUAUGAAGCUGCUGCAUUUAAGAGGCACAAACUGGUCGAUGCAACUGGAAAUCUGGAUCAAAAGCUUUGUGCUGAACACCAGAAGAUGUUGGAUGGGUUCUGCAGAACUGAUCAGAUGUGCAUUUGCUGGUUGUGUGCUGAUAAAAAACACAAGAGCCACGACACAGUCUCAGCUGACACAGAAAGAACAGCGAAACAGAAGCAGCUGAGAGAGACGCAGGCAGAACUACAACAGAGAAUCUUGGAGAGACUGAAAGAAUUGGGGGAGCUGAAACAGGCUGUGCACUUACUGAAAAGCACAGCACAGACAGAAAUAAAGGAAAGUAAGAUGAUAUUUACUGCGCUAAUCCGAUCCAUUAAGAGAGUCCGCGCUGAGGUUCUUGUGCUGAUAGAAGCUAAUGAGAAGGCUUCAGUGAAUCAGGCUGAAGGACUCAUAAAGAGACUGGAGCAGGAGAUUGAUGCGCUGAGGAGGAGAAACGCUGAGCUGAAACAGCUUUCAGAAACAGAGGAUCACAUCCAUUUUCUACAGAAUUUCCAGGCUCUCUGUGCCCCUCCUGUAACUGGAGAUUUACCCAGCGUUACUGUCAAUCCAAACAUCUCUUCUGGGACGAUGAGGAAAGUUGUGGCUGAACUUAAGGAACAUAUUGAGAACUUCUGCAAGGGGGAAUUAAGCAAAAUGACUAAAACAGUGAAUGAAGUUGCAGUUUACAGUCUACAGGAUCCAGAGCCAAGGACCAGAGCUGAGUUUUUAAAAUAUUCCCGUCAACUGACACUGGACCCCAACACAGCGCAUAGAAAACUCCAUCUGUCUGACGGGAACAGAAAGGUGACCCGAAGUACACAAGCCCAGCGAUAUCCUGAUCACCCAGAGAGAUUUGACAGGUGGACCCAGGUGCUUUGCAGAGAGAGUUUGUCUGGAACUCGCUGCUACUGGGAGGUUGAGUGGAGUGGGGGAGAUGCUUUUAUAGGAGUCACAUAUAAAGGAAUCAACAGGAAAGUGGGGCAGUAUGCCUGUGUCCUUGGACGCAAUGACAUCUCCUGUAGUUUGUACUGCUCUGAUUCCAUUUAUACUGCCCGGCAUAAUAACAAGAAAAUUGAAAUAAUUACUCCCUACCGCCGUCGAAUAGGAGUGUAUCUGGACUUUACUGCCGCCUCCCUGUCAUUUUAUGGAGUCUCUGGGGACUCAAUGAUGUUCCUGCACACAUUCCAAACCACAUUCACUGAGCCACUCUAUCCUGGGUUUUGGCUUCCUUGUGUAAAUUCCAGUGUAACAAUCUGCAAGCUGAACUAGACCACUGUUAUGUUGAAAGGGAACGUUCUUAGCCUCCUUGAGUUUCUGGGUAUCUUCCAGAAGGCUUUGGUGCUUAGAAUUGUUCAUAAGCACAUAAUUAAUGCUUAAAAUAUGCUUUUAAUAUGCUUUAUAGAACAAGUAAUACAUGGUACUAUCAACAUUUCCAAAUGUGUCAUACAUACAUAGUAGUUUGUUCAAUAUUCUGUUUAUACUGUACCAGAACUGUAUUUUUAAAAAGAAGAGCAAAUAUUUACCUUUUAUAUUAAAUCAAUAUAUCAAGGGUUGA